UUGCGGAUGUUAAUACAUUUAAUACAAAAGCUUAACCGUUCCCUUACACAUCCUUACAAAAUUUCCACAUUUUAUUAUCUAACUUUUUCCCAAUUUUUUCAGUUCCUUCGCAAAAUAAUUCGUGUUCUCUUCUUUCAACUUAAAGAACAAAAAUUCAAUUCUCAAGCAAUCCAAAAUUAUCUCACUUUCUUUUCACAAACUUUAAUUUCUGAAAAAUCCAAAAUUUUUGAAUCCUUAAAAUAUCAUUGUGUUUCUGUUUGGUUAGAUGAAUUAGACAAUGCUUUUGGUGAAGGUUUGGAUAGUCUGGAGUUUAUUAAACCUUUUACUCUGCUAAUGAAGGAGAACAUUUCGUACGGUUUUUUAAUUAAUUUUAACGAGGGUUGGGAUCAACUGUCUGUCCCUGACCUGAGUUUCGAUGCCUCUUCUAUCAUAUAGGGGGAUUAAUCUAGCAGCAUUUAAAACCCUUAGGCAGGGGUUAAACCGAAG